UGUCUGUCUAGCUAAUGACGUUUAUGUUCACAGAGGUGACGUGAUGAGGCGAUUGCACUGAAGAGGGCAGUUCACCUUGGGCAGUCCAGAACUCAUGACGUGGUUCUGUGAGAGGACAAAGUGGCCGCCGUCGGUAGUAGCAGUGUGUUAACUGCUGGAUUUGUGUAGUGUUGUAUGGACCGACGUACCCGGGAUUUGGCCAAAAAAAGUUACGAGACGACAGUAGUGUUCGUCUGCUGAGAAGUGUUGCUAGAGACGUCUUCCAGGGUGUUAUCUACCCAUGUACAUGAUUAUUUGAGACCCCUGUCACUGUGUUACUGAAGCCCUCUGCCAGUGUGUUUAUGGAGAGCGAAUGUGGAGUAUUGGAACACCGUGACAAUACGGUGUGUGGACUGGCCCAUGUUAAGGAAGGUGAACUCGCCGGUGAUUACCAUUGAGCGUGGACGACGUGUACCUGGAGGUAGUGGACUCACCAGGAUUUGAUAAACACUGCAGAUCUAUUGAGUGUCCUGGGUGAAAGCGACACAGUGUAAAUAUGUGUAGUUAUACUUACAUAGAUAUAUUAGUAAGCAAGAAGGGAAGGAGGAAAGCACCGCUGGCGGAGGGUCUUCCUGGCGCUGCUGUUGCCUGUUUCCCGGGAGACUGGUGGGCGGCGUGGAGCCCCUGGCUGCCCGCCACCGUCCCCACCCGCCAGUAUUACCUCACCUGCGCUCCAGUCUUCCUCACUCCUCGCCUGACUUCACGACGGCUUUACCAGACAGUCCACCCGCACCUCGAACCUGUCACUCGGACCGUCUCCGUCCACCAUGUAAACAGAUGGUCCCACACUCCUGUAGGCCUAACCAUAGGAAUUGGGCAGGGGAAAAAGCAAGAGCAGUUUGGUAGUGCACAACCGCUACCGGCGCUCCCACACGCCGCAGCAAGCAGCCGUGCGUGGUGAAGUGACCUGUGGAGGUGUGGUCAGGGCCAGCCUUCCUCGAGGCCCGCCAGCCUGGUAUCUGGCCACCUAGGGUACGUAGGCUCCAUUACCACACCCUGCCAUAGUGUGGUCAUACACGGCGUGCCCGGUCAGUAGCAUCGAAAACCUGUACCGGAAUAUCAUCUUCAUCAAUCAGUCACUACAGUCCCACAUCAGUUACAGCCCCGCUCCUGCACACCGCUUCCCACUGGAUGGGGGGCGGUGUGCAGAACAAACAUGUGUGGAGAGCUAGUGUCACAAUUGACAUGUCAGUUCCUUAAUUUUUGAAACUGUACUUGUGGUCGAUCUCGAGCCCAUUGUUGAUGUGAAGAUAUGCAUUGCAUUUUGUAACUAGUUCAUCUAGAUUGUAACUUGCUUAGUUGAAUAAAUUGUGGGGUUCAGUCCCU